AUGGCAUAUAGUGCAUUUGAUCAAUUUGAAAUUAUAAGAAUCAUACCAUUACACUUAUUUGGUAAUUUAGAUAUUUCUAUAACAAAUUCUACUAUAUUUAUGUUUAUAGCAUUAAUUUAUUUAAUAGUGUUAUAUAGUGUAAGUGGAAUAAAAGAAGGAUCUUUAGUACCAUCAAGAUGACAAUCAGUAAUGGAAAUAAUAUAUGAAACAGUAUUUGGUGUAGUAGAAGAUAAUAUUGGAAAAGAUAAAGAAAGUCAAGCUUAUUUUCCUUGAAUUUUAACAGUAUUUAUGUUCAUAGUAUUAAUGAAUUUAUUUGGAAUUAUACCUUAUACAUUUUCACCUACAGCUCAUAUUGCUGUAACAUUUGGAUUAAGUUUAAGUAUUUUUAUUGGAGUUACUUUAUUAGGUAUGGUAAAUCAUGGAUCUAAUUAUUUUUCUAUGUUUAUGCCAGCAGGAAGUCCUUUAAUUUUAGCACCAUUUAUGAUAGUAAUCGAAUUAAUAUCACAUACAGCUAAAGCAGUAUCUUUAGGAGUUCGAUUAGCUGCUAAUAUAACAGCAGGACAUAUUUUAUUUGCUAUUUUAUCAGGAUUUACUUGAACUAUGUUAACUUCAGGAGGAUUUAUGAUAAUAGCUAGUUUAUUUCCUAUGGCUAUAGUAUUAUUUAUUACUAUUAUAGAAAUGGCUGUUGCUGUAAUUCAAGCUUAUGUAUUUAGUUUAUUAACUGCUAUUUACAUUAGUGAAUCAAUUCAUUUACAUUAA